AUGUCUGACAAAGAGAGCGAGCCUCUGCUUGCUGAGCAUGCGGCAACCGACAAGAUGUCUACGGAUGACACUGACCAGCCGCCGGUAGCUUCGACGUCGUCUGCAUCCGCACCAGAGGGUCCACCUGUCGAUACGCGCAAGCAAGAAGCAUUGGCCGCUUACAAACGAAAGAUCAAAGAACAUGAAACGACGAGCGAUGAUGUCAAGAGGAUACGGCAGAGCAUCAAAGAUCUAGCGUCAGACUUUGACAAGAGCGAGAAUGAUAUCAAAGCGCUUCAGAGCGUGGGACAGAUCAUUGGCGAAGUCAUGCGCCAGCUCGAUGAGGAUCGCUUCAUCGUCAAGGCAUCCUCUGGCCCGCGGUACAUCGUCGGAUGCAGAUCAUCCGUCAACAAGGCGGGCUUGAAGAACGGCACGAGAGUGGCGAUGGAUAUGACCACCUUGACCGUCAUGAGAGCGCUGCCGAGAGAAGUCGAUCCGCUCGUGUAUAACAUGUCGAUCGAAGAUCCUGGCAAUGUCACCUUUGCAGGCAUUGGCGGUCUGAACGAGCAAGUGCGCGAGCUCAGAGAGGUCAUCGAGCUACCGCUGCAAAAUCCGGAGCUUUUCCUUCGCGUCGGCAUCACGCCCCCAAAAGGCGUCUUGCUCUAUGGACCGCCAGGCACAGGCAAGACUCUGCUUGCCAAGGCCGUCGCCAGUACAAUGGGUGUCAAUUUCCUGAAAGUCGUCUCCUCCGCCAUCGUCGACAAGUACAUUGGCGAAUCAUCGCGUCUUGUCCGAGAAAUGUUUGCUUAUGCCAAGGAGCACGAGCCGUGUAUCAUCUUCAUGGACGAGAUCGAUGCGAUUGGUGGACGUCGGUUCAGUGAAGGCACAUCUGCAGAUCGUGAGAUCCAACGCACGCUCAUGGAGUUGCUCAAUCAAAUGGACGGCUUUGACUCACUCGGCCGCACCAAAGUCAUCAUGGCGACCAAUCGACCGGACACGCUCGAUCCUGCGCUUCUCAGACCGGGCAGACUGGACAGAAAGAUUGAGAUCCCGCUACCGAACGAGAUUGCACGCACAGAGAUCAUCAAGAUUCAUGCGCAAAACGUGCAAAAGUCUGGCGAGAUUGACUACGAUCCUGUAGUGAAGCUUUCGGAAGGCUUCAAUGGUGCAGAUCUGCGCAAUGUCGUGACAGAAGCGGGCAUGUUUGCCAUCAGAGACGAUCGUGACUAUAUCCAACAAGACGACCUCAUGAAAGCAGUGCGCAAGCUACAAGAAGCAAAGACGCACGAAGGCAAGAUGGACUACGGCAAAGACAUGUAG